AUCCGAUCACAACAACAUCCAUGAUGCUGCUCGCCACUGCGCCUGCGCACACGACAGACAGCUGAUAACUCAUCUAUUAUGCUACUUCGCUAAAUAAAAAUCUUGCAGAAAACUGACCGGAGCCCGUCGCUGGACUCGCCGGAGGACCAAAACCCAAAGUUGUGCGAUGGGAGUUUGUCUCCUCGGCGGAAACAUCGAGCUGAAGAAUCAACACAAACGGCACCUGAACUGAACACGCUCACACACACACACACACACACACACACACACACACACCCACACCCACACCCCCUCAGCCUACAGAGGGAGUUGUUUUUCACCCUCAGGUCGGACGCUGCCAUCCCACAGUGCAUUGCCGUGUCACCGUCGUCCACCAUGUCAGAUGCCCCCGAGGCUGCACCCCCCAGCCCCCCUCCCCUCACCAACCCGCCACCACCUGAGGUCACCAAUCCCACCAAACCUGGCAGAAAGACAAACCAGCUGCAGUACAUGCAGAAUGUGGUGGUGAAGACCCUGUGGAAGCAUCAGUUCGCCUGGCCUUUCUACCAGCCUGUGGACGCCAUCAAACUCUGCCUGGCCGAUUACCACAAAGUGAUCAAGAACCCAAUGGACAUGGGAACCAUCAAGAAACGUCUGGAGAACAAUUAUUACUGGAGCGCCAGUGAGGCCAUGCAGGACUUCAACACCAUGUUCACCAACUGUUACAUCUACAACAAGCCCACGGACGACAUUGUCCUGAUGGCUCAGGCUUUGGAGAAGAUCUUCUUGCAGAAAGUCGCUCAGAUGCCUCAAGAAGAAGUCGCCCUGCUGCCCCCGGCACCCAAAGGCAAGAACAAGAGCAAACAGCCAGCUGCUGCUACCACAGUGAGCCAGCAGGCGGAAUCUUCAGCUUCAUCUCCCCCCUCCUACCCCUCACCUUCACCCUCUCAGACACCUGUCAUUUCGACCACGCCCACACCUGUCCAGACCACGCCCCCUGUCUCCGCCUCGCAACCCCCAGCCACCAUGAUGCCAUCUGCACAGCCAGUCGUCAAGAAGAAAGGUGUGAAGAGAAAAGCGGACACCACCACUCCCACCACAUCAGCCAUCUCCGCUGGCCGUGCCGACUCUCCGUCCGCUCAGGACUCUAAACCAGCCAAAUUGGGCUCGUCCCGCCGAGAAGCCGCCGCCCGCCCUGCCAAAACCCGCAGAGAGACGGGUGAGGAGAUGGCGGGCAGUGAGGUGGGAGCCGGUGGAGGGGGAGCCGGGGGGAGGAAGGGCGGUAAGCUGGGCGAGCAGAUGAAACACUGCGACGCAAUCCUGAAGGAGAUGCUCUCUAAGAAACACGCCGCCUAUGCCUGGCCCUUCUACAAACCUGUGGACGCUGAGGCGUUGGAGCUGCAUGACUACCACGACAUAAUCAAACACCCCAUGGACCUCAGCACCGUCCGGAAAAAGAUGGACAAAGGAGAGUACAGUGACCCUCAGAGUUUUGCAACUGACGUCAGGUUAAUGUUCUCCAACUGUUACAAGUACAAUCCCCCGGAUCAUGAGGUGGUGGCCAUGGCCCGCAAGCUGCAGGACAUGUUCGAGAUGCGCUUCGCCAAGAUCCCAGAUGAGGGCCUGGAGGCAUCAGUCCCAUCUACAACACCAGUGGUCAGUAAAAGCACCGCCUCCUCUGACAGCAGCAACAACUCCUCCUCCGACGAAUCAUCUGACUCCGAGGAGGAGCGAGCCACGAGGUUGGCUGAGCUACAGGAGCAGGUUGGUGCUGCCGACCAAUCACAGUUGAAGGCGGUGCACGAGCAGCUGGCCGUUCUGUCCCAGGCUCCGGUCAGCAAGCCAAAGAAGAAGAAAGAGAAGAAAGACAAGGAGAAGAAGAAAGAAAAGGAGAAAGACAAAGGGAACAAGGGCAAGAUGGAGGAAGAGAAGAAGCCCAAGGCCGCCGCUCAGCAGCCUAAACCAGCCAAUCAAAAGAAAGCGCCAGCCAGGAAAGCCAACAGCACGGUGACAGCCACAAGGCAACCUAAAAAAGGCAGUAAGGCGUCGGGCGGUGGAUCUGCCAAUGGAGACGACGGCGAGGAACUGUCCCUGCCAAUGUCGUACGACGAGAAGCGGCAGCUGAGUCUGGAUAUAAACCGGCUGCCGGGGGAGAAGCUGGGCCGUGUUGUCCACAUCAUCCAGUCCAGAGAACCGUCGCUGAGGGACUCGAACCCCGAUGAGAUCGAAAUCGACUUCGAGACACUCAAACCCUCCACACUUCGAGAGCUGGAACGUUACGUCAAGUCCUGCCUGCAGAAGAAGCAGAGGAAGCUACUGCAGAAGGCAGCGGGAGGUGGGGCCUCAGGGGGCGGGGCUAGUCGCUUGAGUGGCAGCUCCUCUUCCUCCUCUGAUGACAGCUCCUCAACAGGAACCUCUUCUUCCUCCGACACAGACUGAACACAAUGUUUUGGGUUUUUUUCCUUGGAGGAAUGCAAACAGAAGAAGAAGAACACAGGAGAGACAGGCAGCCUGUCUUUCUUCUUCUUGGACGGCUAGCUGCGACCCCUGACCUCUGAACACAUUCCAGAAGCAUCAGUAGAGCAUCAUGAGAGAGGAGGAGGAGGAGCAGGUGAAGAUCUCAGCGGGUUUUACUACAAUGAAGCUUUUAGGAACUGGUCCAUCCUCAAAGAGUUCUCUUCACUUCAGAGCAUCAGACUCCCCACAGGAACCAAUCAGGUUCUUGCCACAGAGUGCAGGUCUCAUCAGCUCUGUCAUCAGUGCAUACAUCUGCUCCAUGUGAGCCAUUCAGCUGACGGAGACGUGAAAGUCGCUGCAGAGACGCUCGGAGGCAGUCAGCUCUCUGACGUUGUUUCACUGUUCAGUGGUGCAUUUAAGAGCAGCGAGUCCUUUAAAGACCUGCUCAGUGUUACGCACCUGUUUGAGUCAUUGAAUUAUCCGACUCUGCAGUCAGUUUCUCAAACCCUCACUGUUCAGUUUCUAGAGCAAGUCCAGUGAUUGUUUCCAGAGUCUGUCUUUAAAUUCCUGAUGUGGCCUUGGAGUGGUGCUCAGGUCCUGGUUCGUCGUCUGUGACGGGCUCGACAAUGAGUCUGCAUGGAGACGGAGCUGCUGUCAGGGACCGCGAGUUUCUCCUUAAUGGGAACGCGAUCAGUUUUAAACAGUGAUUGUCUCUCAGAAAUGUCAGAAAAACACCUGAGUGUCUCACAGACUUUUUUGACGUCUUCAAGACGCCUUGUGUUGUCCAACCGGCAGUCCAACCUACAAAGUGAUUCAUUUCAGGAGGAUGGACUCAGCGGCACUGACACACGACGAUCACUUUAGAUGCUCUCUGCAACGAGUUUCAGGUGUCCGCAGGUGCUGUUUUGAUCUAAAAAUGGAUUUGUUUUCUUAAAAAAUGAAACUGGUUCAGAGUCAGAUCAUCAGUCCAGAAACCCACUGAGAGCAAUCCUGCCCUCUGUUGGUCCUGCAACUCAAGCCCACAACCUACUGUCUGUCCCGGGGUCAACAGUGAGGGGGGCUUGUGGCCCCCCCUGGGUCCCCAGUCGGCGCAGCCUCUGUCAGCAGAGAGCGAGACAAACUGCUUUUAUUUUUUUUAACACUACAUCUCCUUUAUUUUUCUGAUUUUGUUUAUUUUUCAGGUUGUGUGCUGAACUUGUUUGUGUCUUAUAAGGUUCUCUAUAUAAACUGUUGUUGUACCGCCCCACCCCCCACUGAUAAUGUAAGAGCCCCCACCUCACCUCCGCUUCCUGUCAGACCAAAGUCUGCACCAAAUGUAAGGAUGAGUCCUGAUCAGACGCCGAAGGAAGUUCAGACUACAAAUGUGAAAGAAGAAAAGUGAAAAAUCAAGUUUCAUGUGUGUAAAAUCAAAACGUUCAUAUCACUCACCAAUUCGGGAAGAGAAAAACUGCAGUUUUAUAUUUUGAUCAGUUCUUUUUGAUUAUUUACUCUUUAAAAUGUUAAAAUAAAGAAUCUCAUUGUGAGGAGUCAGAGAUCACAUUUUGUGUGUUCUUGUGCUCUCUGAUCAAAAGAUAAAAAUGAUUUUCCAGUCUGAGUGAUGAUUACAACCACAUCAAGGAAUUAUUCCUUAAAGUGAUCCAAAUUUAAUUUACUGUAAACCAGUUUCUGAAUUUUUAGUCGUAGUUUUUAUCUUUUUUAAUAAAGUUUGACUGCUCUAAUCAGUUGGUUUGCUGAAGAGGUUUCAGAGUUGACAAACCAACUGAUUUUUCUUUUACCUGUUGAGAAGAAGCUGCAGUGACAUCACAAGCUCGUAUUCACCUGAUUGGUUUGUUGUAGUCACCUGACUCGUUGACUCCGACUCGGAGCCUCUCGGCAAGCUUCCUUACGUUUGGGAUGCAGCUGACGUCUCACAGCUCAGGUCGAUGUCGGACUCGCCGUUUUGGGUACGGGCUUCAGACGGCGUCGACACGGCGUUACGCUCAUUUCUGUCACCUGCUCGUGUUGCAGACUGUUUCCAGGUGUCAGUUUGUGUUCAGGUUGAGUUGAACCAAAAUGCGAACUGAUGCCAAAACAAACGUCAACCCAAGAAAACCUAAGCUCUGCUCUGAUUGGUUGGUGAUUGGUGAUCAGUUCGAGUCUGUGAUGCUGGAAGACAAAAUGUUGUUUGUUUGUCCCCUGCACGUCCUGUGACAGGAAAGCAGUGUGUUUGAUGUCCCUAUAACUUUCCUUUGGCAGAAAAUUAGAGUUUCCAGUUUUCCAAUGUGAUUUGAACACAUCAUGGUCAGACAGCAGUUGUGGGGGAGAGGAAAGUGUUUCUGUUGAUCUGAAUUUGCUGCAGUGCUGCUGAUCAGGUCAAACCAAUCGGAUGAAAUCCAGUGACUUGCCAUACACGGCUCACCUGCUGGUCCUUCUGUCUGUCUCUCCGUCUGUCUGUAGCUGGUUGAUGUUCUCAGGCUUCCUUCCUCUCCUGUGUGAUUGGUCAAACCUUCUUGUAUGUGUGAACUAUAAGCUUCUGAUUGGUGUAAGUUGCGCUAGUUGUUUCCUCCUGGUUGUCUGAUUAUUGAUUCGAGAUGAGUUGAGCCACACAACUGGACAGUCUGAAGUGUCGACGGAGAAGCUGAUUGAUUGGUCACUCAUUUGACAUUUCUGGUCAUUGUUAGGUCAUUUUUUUCUGUAAAAUCUCGACACUUUUCUGCCUGUUUCUGAGGUUUUCAACUGAAAGUCAUGACCUUCUUUAGCAGAUCGAGUUGCUCAGUUGUCAUUGCGAUGGUUUAGUUGUGAUUUAAGUGUGGAAUUUCAGUCAGGUUUAAACAAGUUCAUUUGUUGGGCUUUUUUAAACCUGUCAUACGUGGACAAAACCGUGGGAAAUUAAACCAGACUUUUGGUUUUAUUUUGGACAUUUGAUGGACUAAUCAGUAAAUGAUUAACCUAAAAAGGAUCAGUAGAACAGGCGUCUCUUCCCAGUGUGACAGACAGACAGUUGGACAGCUUGUUGCCACAGUAACCCUCCUCUGUUUGUUUUUAGUUGAUGGUUGAGCUUUGAUGCUAAUAGUUAAUUUUUGUAUUUUAAUAAGAAAAAGGAAAAAAGUGAUUUUAUGUAUUUGCAUGCACUCCGGCCGUAUGUUCUUUCUUCCGUAUGUUUGAGCACUGUAUAGUAGCUGUAUAGUAGCUGUCUGAGAUUUAGAUUGAACUCCACUGAUAGAGGAGAGAGACAGAGAGGACGAACCGAUGAAAAACCAACAAGUGAAUUAUUUGAUGUAAUUACUGAUAUUGGAUCCUUAUUUUCUGAGUUCCUUUGUUUUCAUAAAUAAACACAUAAACUGACA